AUGUCAUUUUUUCCGUGUACCUCCUACGAACAUUCAUUCCUGAUUUCAUCGAUACGCCUCUGGAGAGAAUUACCACCUGACGUCAUCAAUGCACUUAUUGACACUUUCAGGAAAAAAGCUUACCAAUUUUUCUAUGACCUUGAGCUUAAUGAGAACUUGAUACUCGGCUUCACUGAUGAUGAUUCAAAUCGUUAA